UUUGCUCUUAUUCACUUUGUUUUGGUUUUUGGGGUAAAACAUGAGCGUAAAUAAAAAAAGUUUUGAGGAAGAAUUGAGUUGUUUGAUUAUUAAUCUGCUAUAGUAAACAUAUCCAGCAACCAUGGCUACAAUGGUAAAGGAAAAGCGAAGAGAGAAAAAGAAAUCUAAAGAAAAACACAGUGCAAGUAGAGAACUGUCUCCGGUAACCAUACAACCUCCAGUACUUGAGGAAUUUGAGCACAUCGCUGAAAGUACCAGUGCCAAUGAAUCCUUUGAAAAUGUUCAAGCAACAGAAUCAGAUGUAAAUGCUCCUCAAGUAACUGAAGAAGCUGAAACUAGUAAUUUAAGUAUAGAAAUAGUUGAAGAUACAGGACAACAUGUGGAAGAGACUACUAAAGAACAAAUAGUUACUGAAUUUACUGUAGUUAGUCAAGAAAAUAUUACAAAUAUAACACAAACUAGCUCUAUGGUUGAGCAUAGUGUAAAUAUCAGAGAAGCACCACAGGCAAAGGAAAUAAGUAAUGAAUCAACUGCCCAAGGAGUUUCAUUAUCAUUAAACAGAGAAGGGAGUUACAAAGAAUUGAGCAGAAAAUUAGAAAGGAUGGCAAUACCAAGUGAACAGACAGAAACAAUAACAGAAGCUAGAAAAGAUGAGCUAGUUAAUCCUAAUGCUUAUUUGUCCCCUGAAACAGUAGUACAAGAGGCUCCUUUUGAGUAUGUGGGAGAAGAUGUGAUGCCAUCAGCACCCUGCUUUGAUGAGGUACCUGAAACAGCACCGUAUGAAGAAAUAGUUAUAGAAAACAGGCCCAAAGUAAAAUGUAUGCCUCUAGAAGAUGCUAUAAAGCUAUGUGCUGGGAGGGAGAUGGAAGAAGUCAGGGCUAUGAGUGAGAGAGAAGAAGAGCUAGUGGAAGCAGGGCCCUUGAGUGGACCAGAGCAUCCACUCGUCGAUUUGCUGUCUACAUUCAGAUCAUCAUUAAUAGCAGUAGAGCGGGAACGCCUAGCUCUCGCCCGCGGCUUCACAGAAGAAGAGAAACGCAGAAACACCCUAUGGAAGAUAGAGAAACGUCACGUGAACUUAUCAGAACAAUGUGCUUGUGGUCUGAAUGUAGACUUGAGGGCUAGUUAUGAGCAUGCUGAACUGGUGAAGGAGAGGUUGCCCAUUGCUAAGCUGAAGCUGGAGAGUCUGUUGCGUGAUGUACAGGAUUCGUACUGCCAUCAUCAGCAUGCUGCGUUGUUGGCGCAUUGUCAGAUAGAAGAGUUAAUAUCCGAGACAGUUCAAAGCAACAAGAACGUGAUUCGCGAAGCCCUAGCCCUCGUCCUGCAAGCGCUACGUCUGAGCGACAACGCGCCGGAGGCCCUGGCCAGCGCGCUGCAGCGCUGGGCCGCCGCGCUGUCGGCCGCGCUACUCGACAACCGCGACCUGAGGCAGCUGCUGUUCCUCAUGCAUCAGCUGUUCAGACAGUCCCGCUCUGUACAGUGGGCGUCGCUAGUCGUGCACGCGUCAGUGGACGCGGCGUCUCCGUGGCGGCUGUUAGCUCUGCUCGAGCUGUUACUCGCACGUACCCGACCUGAUGCUGCGCAGGAGUGCGUUGAAGAAUUUUCUGAAGUAUGGGAGGAAUUGGACGCUCAGGGUGGCGGUGGCGCGGUUAGUGAUGGUACCCUGCGAGAGCGUGAUCUGCUUGCACUGUUUACGGCAUUCCCGUUAAGGGACCUGUGUGCUAGGAUCGUGCUGUUCACUCAUUCUGACAUCCGCCACGCGCGUGCUCAGUCGUGGGGCGACAGCGGCGGCGGGCGCGGCGUGCUGCGCGCGUGCUGCGGCGUGCGCGCGCUGCUGCUCGCGCUGCUGCGCGCGCGCCGCGCGCACGCCACGUACGCGCGGCUACACACAGUGCUCAGGGAGCUGGCGGCGAGGGUCAUGCAUGCGCUGGCUUGCUUGCAUUUGAUAUCUAGAUCAUCCUACAUCAGAGAGCUAGAAGAAAAAAUAACUGCUGAGCUCGAAGCAGUGUUCUCAGCGGGCGUCACUCUGUUCGAUGCGCAGGAGUUGGACAAGCUGCCUGCCACGUUACUCGCUGAUAACACCGCUAAGGAUUACUGCAUCUCUAUUAUACUUGGGUUACAUGAUAAAUAUCCGAAACAAUUAGAGCUGCUCUCACUAGAGUUGCCAGUGUUACCGUGUGAGACGCGCAUACGCAUCGUGUCGCAGGCCGCCAUCGAUCGCGCCGACGAUCACGAGCUGGCUAGGAUUGUGCUGGAGUUUUUGUUACAGACUGGUCUAAAACGCAAGUCGUUGUCAUGCAAGAGCCAGUGCGACGUGGCUGCGCGGGAGUGCGUGCCGCGACUGCUUGCAGCGCACCCGUACCUACACGUCAUCGCGCUGCAUAUAGUCGCUGAUUUCAAUAUUGUGGAAACCCUAGACCCUUCAUGUGUGAAGACUCUAAACGUUCACAAAUGGCAUCCGGACAGCAUGGAGAUACUGUCACUGUUGGAGGACUGGUCGCGGCGCUGUCAAGUGUUGCUCCAGCAUCUGCUGCUGGAGUUGGAUUAUACUCCGCAUGUCGGUCUCCCCCUAGAAGUCCAACUAUCGAUCGGUGCCUGGCUAUGCACAUACGUGCACCCCCUGCCCACUCCCCCCGAGUGGUGCUGGAGCGUGCUCCGUCGCCUGCGCGUGCACCGCACGUGCUGGGGGAUGUGUCUCGAUGCACCCCCGCCGGGGGAACAGCCGGGGGACUUGUUCAGUAUAGCGUUUGCGAUAUUGUCCUCUUCGUGGGGGCAUUGUAUACCUGUGAUAUGUUCAGAAGGCGUGUCAGGGCUGGUCAAGCUGGCGGCCGCUCGACCGCGGGAUGCUGUGCAGUGCCUUUCGGGAGUCAUGCUGGUCAUGGCACACUCGCCGGAGUCCGUCGCUUUCACACCCAAGUUUAACGAGGUGUUCAGCACACUGCUAAACUCUGGUCCGUCGCUGAUGCAGCGAGCGCUAGGCCGCGGCGGCGAGGCGGGAGCCGAGCUGCUGCUGCGGCUGCUACUGGCGCACUGUAGUAACGUGUCAGGCGGCGCGCUGUGCGCAUGGCUGGCAGCGCUCUGGCGUACACGCCUGCCCGGCGCAUGCUCGCUCGCCGACGCCGCCGCAGUCGCGACUCGACUCUGGCCGCGUCUCGACGCAUACGCUAACUCUCUGUUACAGGAAGAAAACGCAAAAGAACACAUAGAUCACGCUGUGCGAAACGCAACCUCCGCUCCGUUACUGUCCGAGUGCUUACUGCGAGCGUGGCACGCGGCGCGGGAGGCUCGCUCGCAGCUGUACGCGCGGCUACUGAGCGCGCUACACCAGCAGCGCGCACAGGCACACAAGAUACACGUUGACAACGCGCUGCAGAAAAUUGGCGCGUCGAUAUCCGCAGAAGAGCUGGUGAUAUACCGCACGGCGACCGCAGCGCUCGUGGCCCCUGUUGCCCAUCCGUCUCACCUGACAUUAUGGAGACUGCUCAUGCAUCUGUAUUUGCAGACACCACCUGAAUAUGGGCCAGUGCCCGCAAUAGGACCUUUAUUCUUCAGCGGAAUGAAGAAGUCCCGAACGCUUGCUCAAAUCAAAAAACGACUACUAGACACGAUAACUUACCAUCACAACGAAGGCGAGACACUUAAAAACGAGCACAAAUCUAUCGAUACUGGAGAAACGCAAUCGAUUCAACGAGCAGAACGAGCAAGUCCGGCCGAUACCGAUGAUAGUCUUCUCCCAGCGUUAUCGAUUAUCGAUUUGACCGGAGAAUCGAGUGGUUCCAGCGAUAGUGAUGACAAUGCCGAUGAUAGCCGAAGCGAGAAGGAAGCCAGUCCGAAUAGGGAGGCGAUUGAAACGAAGAGGAAUAUAUUCAGUUUGAUUACAUAUCAUGCUGCUGCCGAAAAGAUGCUAAACGAGUAUUUGUCUUGGCUGGAAGAAGGUGAAAAGGUGCGAGCUCCACCUCAUUUUGCUGAUAUUGCAAGAUAUAUACCGGAACAUGCUCUAGAAGCGGCGUGGAAACGCGCAGUGCCGCGUCUUCUACCAUCAAUAGAGGUGGAAAGCUUUCCCCUACCGAGUGUACCACCAGCGCCUGACAACUCACCACCGCAGACGCCCUUCCAUGUCGCUGUUGAUAAUAUCCUGAAGAUUAAGGACCACUCCAGGAGAAGACGAAAACGCACAUUGAUAAAGUCGCCUCUAGAAGACGUCGAUUUCAGAGACGCGCGAACAUUGUUAUCGCUUGUCGAUAAACAUUUGAAAGACAUCGAAAGGCUCGCACAUGAUUGGUGUACAGAAGCAUCCCGCGUGUCAGCUCUAGACAGCAAACUGUGGGAGUUAGUGAGCGUUCUACGCGUGCGUCGCGCAUUGCCGCCCGUGCGCAAGAGUUGCGCUAACAAGUGCAAGCCCAUCACUAUUUAUAUACCGGAACAAGAGUGGUGCAUCUCAGUGGACGCUGAGCGCGGCAUCAAGGAGAACAGACACAGCGCUCGCGUGUCACUGCGGCGACUGGCUCGCGCUAGACCACACGCCGCUAAGACUGCCGCCGCGCUACAUACUAUCGCGAGACGCACGUGCAGCAGCGAGGCGGGAGUGCGCGUGGCGGAGCGCGCGUGGCGCUGCGCGGGCGCGCCCGGCGCCGGCGCCUGCGCACCCGCCGCUACCUUGCUUACUGCGCUCACUACUGAUCUCGCAGAGCGUUGGAUAUGCCACGACGGGCGUCUCUCCGCCGACCUGCUCUCCACAUGGGGUAAGCGCGCCAGCACCGCGCUGCAGCAAACAUUGUGCGGAGCUCUGUUAGCGCCGCGAAGAUUGGCGCCCGGGGACUGGCAUAAGGUGUACACGGCCUUGUUGGCUUCUAGUCUGCCUUCGCAUGCUGUGUUCAGUUAUUUGUCUAAGUUCGAAAUGACUCGCUGGUCAGAAACCGCAGACGCGACCCAACGCAGAGACAUGCUUGAGGCCCUAAUUCACGCCGUCCAACGCUGGGGUCCUUCCCCGGCUCCUGAACACACCAUGCUAGUCGAACUACUAGGAGUACAUAGCGCAGUACUGGUGGACUCGAGGGAGCUUUGUGCUCAUAUAGUGAGAUGUGUGUCAGCGGCUAUCAAUAAUAAGCUGCCCCCUGCACAUUGGACGCAUGUGGUCAGAGCUGUUGAAAUGAAAGCCGCUGGAGUGCCCUUCGAUCAGCUUGGGCACGUGAUCCGGUCUCUGGGCGUGUCAUGGUGGGAGGCGCGCACGGGCAUGUCGGGCGCGCGCGGCACGUCGCACGCCGCGCACGCGCCGCACGUCGCGCGCCUGCUGCACGCGCUGCAGCGAGCAGCAGUCGCAGCCGCCAGAGCACUCAGCUAUGAGCCGGAGAGAGUGACGUCACAAGCUGGGCGUGCAUGGUGGGAGGCGCGCACGGGCAUGUCGGGCGCGCGCGGCACGUCGCACGCCGCGCACGCGCCGCACGUCGCGCGCCUGCUGCACGCGCUGCAGCGAGCAGCAGUCGCAGCCGCCAGAGCACUCAGCUAUGAGCCGGAGAGAGUGGCAUGGUACGCGUGGGCGACGCUACAGGAGUCGUGGGGGCCGUGGAUAUCCCCGCACCCCGCCGCGCCCCCGCUACUGCCCUCCACCGGGGACCACGAGCAGUACACGCCCAUGUUGCGGCACUUCGUCGAUAACGUUCAUCAGGUCAUGCUGGAUUGUCCAGGUGCGGAAGUGCCCCUUCUACAACAGAUAUUCGAGUGGUCGGUCCAAACCUACUUAAGCGUCCAGGGUUCAGUCUCCGCACCCAGUAUAGCGGGGACCGCCGCACAGGAGAGUCGUGUGCAAGCGUCCGCUAUGCUUGCUGAACUGGCGAAAUUACCAUGGAGUGAACACCAGUGGUUCUACGGGAAGUGUUUGCAACAGGCUUUACAGAUGUCAACCAGCACAGACCGGGAGCUCACAACGUGGUGCUGUAACGCGUGGCGCGGUACAGUCGCCGACACGCUGCUGCGCGGCUGCGACGCGACACAGAUCUCACCACGCCUCGCCGAGUUGCUGUACCUGUUCACUAGCACCAUGUUGCCGCAUUCACAGCAGAUAUUAGAUGAGGCGUGUAAGUUACCGUGGAGCCGUCUCCCCGAGCCCGCGCUUGACGAAGCUCUCGACCGCUUCUUCAUGCUGCACCACAACCCAGCUGUACCUUACCAUGAUCUUCCACAGUUCAGGCUUAUCCUGGCAGCAUGCUCGCUACUGGUAACGGACACUAGCGCAGUACGCUCGACAGGCACGUGUCGUGCUGCGCGUGCGCGCGGCGUGUCGCAGUGGGUGCGCGGCGCGUGCGCUCCCACGCUGGCCGCGCACGUGCCCGCGCACACCGUGCACGUGCUGGGCGUUGUCACCGAGCUAGCUGUAUACUUGGACGAAACGCAAGGAGAAAUAGAAGAAUUACUCAGUCGUGCAGUAGUCAUAAUGUGCAUCGAGCCAGCCGCAGCUGCUGCUUUGCCGGUUUGGGUAACAUGGGUGACAGACGGUCCGACGCGGCUGGUCCGCGCAUGCGUGUCAGCGGUAGCGGCGCUUACGGUCUUCGAAUAUUUUGCUACACUUGCAGAAGCAGCUGUUAAGGCACUGUUGCUGUGUAAUGAACCAUAUGGCUGGCGUGAAGUAUCGCAUCGCUGGGCGUCAUGUCCGUGGCGCGAGGCACACACACUAGCGCAGCGCGGCCGCGUACACGCCGCGUAUGCGUGUACACUCACACACGCGCACACGGCCGCCGCUGUGAGGGCGACGCUCGCCGCUGUACUUAGUGCUGAUAUACACUUCCCGGACAACGAACCAAUAAUAGCAGUAUGGAUAUGCUACGCGUGUCGCAUGGCAGUCACCCACACAGCCCAACCCGAGCAAUCGGACGCUAUGCGCGAGUGUUCCGCGGCGGCGCGGGCGCUGCUGGCGCGCUGGGCGGAGCAGCCGCGCCGGUCUAUACUCAGAGUUGUUACCAUGCAUGCUGAUCAUGACAGGCCUACUGCACUUCACCGCAUCCUCUGCCGCUACGCCCUAUGCGUCCUCACGCCGGAAGAGAGCACACGACGAGUGUACGAGAGCGCAUGUGCGUCAACCCUCGGCGCCAACAAUGACGUCACCAGCUGGGCUGAAGCACCACAGUUGAACAAACUCGUCCGUUUAGCUUGCAGACUGUGGCCCAAGUAUGAGAAGUACUUCCAGUGUGAAUUGGAAAUGGCUUCAAAUGUUGUAAGUGUUUGAUAAAUUGUAAAUUAAAGGUUCUGAAAUUAAUCACAGUAAUCUGGAGAAACUCAUGUGUUCGUGACGUCAUGAAUCGUUGCCAUACUCAGAUGCCAGCAGGAUAAGCUACCCGAAUCUGUCAAAUUUUACGAAUCAAACAUAACAUCCUUCCACUACUGUGAUAAGCUUGAAAAUCUAUUGAAGAAAUUUGAUAGAUUGAGCUAUCUACUGGUGAAAUAGUGACGCCACGAAUACGUAUGGAACCGCCAAUAUGUAUGGUAUUCUAUAGAAGUCAUUUGAUAUCUCGAUAACCAACCAACUGUGUUCUGGAAUAUUUUUAAAACAUUUUAAAUCUUCUCUUUACUUGUAAAUAAACUUCUUUGAAUGCAUGGUAAUGUUAUAUAAUACUAUAAUACACUAUUAAGUCUGAAAAUUGAACCAAACUGAUUUAUUAAAUUUUCAACUGUAUGUUAGAUUUUUCUUCAGAAUCAAAGACUCAUGUUCUUAUGUGAUUAUUUAAUUAAAUAAGAUACUUUUUGAAAUAGAUUAUUAUUGUAUAAAGUUUUAAUCCAAAUGGCCGAGGUUAGGCCUUAUUUUCUCAUCGUUAUAUUAUUAUUACUUUUGCCUUAUUUUACUAUUUCUUUGGAGCAUUAUGAAAAAGAGAUAUUAUAUAAAUAAAUAAAUUAGUAUUAUUUUGCUGUUAUAUGCUUGCCAAAUUAUUUAGGAUAAAAUAUUUUUGUAAGAUUGAUAUUAUAAUUCCUGCUAGUGAAGUUAUCUAAAAUAUUUGUCUGAAAAUACAUGUAUGUUUUAUUAGUUUUUUUAUUGGCAUAGUUGUAUGUAGAUUGCGUUAACUGUAGAUUUAAUUUUAGUAUCUAAGCAUUCCUAGUGUAGUACAGUAAUUGAUAUUAUUUGGUAGAGAAGAACAUGAAUCCUAUAAUAUUUUAAAGAAAUUUUAAAAAAGUUUUAUUCGCUAUGAAUAAAACUUUUUUGCUAUAUUAAAAUUUCUUAAUCUUAUCAGAUUUUAAACACUUGUUAAUAUUUACUCUCUUAUGUGGUGUUUUGUUUUGUGUUAUAUGUUUUAGCUAGUCAACAAAUAGGAAAAAAAUAUAACGAACCACCUAGAAUACGUAUUACAUUAUAGGCUACCUGAAAUUUACAAUCUUUAUACGAAUUUGUGAAGGAAUUGUGGAAUGGGACUGAAUAAAGAAUAUUGUAGGCUAGUAAAUUAGUUUUAGCAGCAAGCCAGUAAUUAAACCCUUAUAUCGGCCAUACACAAGUAAAAUGAAUUAUUGAUAAAAUGAAUAUUUAGUUAAAUAGAUAAGUCAAAGUCAGAUGUUUUUACAAGCUUUUAUUUAUUUCAAAUAGGCCUUUGCAGGCUCUUAUAAAACAUAACACUAGUUGCACGGUCCCAGAAAUCCCAAAAAUUGUUUUCAUGGAGAAAAGCCGGCAAGAAACUUCAUAGACACUCUUUUAAAGGAAUCUAUAUUGUGGCUUGCUGUAGAAACAUCGAUUUAUUGAGGUGCUGAUAAAAAAAUAUUAACAUAUCAGGUUAGGAACUUUCUGACAACUUUAGUAAAAAAUUGUGUGAACAAAUUCUAAAUCGUUUUUUUGUAAGAGGUCAAUAAUAAAGUGGAAUGUGUCUUAUGUAUCAUUUUACACUGGCUCCUUAUUAAUAAAAAUGGAGUAAAGUUGGUCCAAGUUUAAACUUUUGAAAAUGUAUUCUUCUGUUAUUCCUGGUGUAUUCUUAAACCGUGUUCAUUAUUAAGGGCCUAUUCUCAAAAAUGAAAUCUUACGGUAAAAUUCUCGUCUAGGUAUAAUAAUUGUGGUGAUAGCUUAUGAUGAAUUUGUUGCUCAAAGAAAAAUACGUUAUUUUGGCUUUAAAUAAAUAUAAUUUUCAAUAUA